AUGGAAAGAUUGGGGCUCGUGGAUGGCCUGGAAGAAACGUCAUUUUUACGAAUACAGUCUCACUGUGAUACGCUGUUCCUCUAUAUGCAGCACUUGCACAGUACAAAUCGUUUUCUGGAUGUCAUUGUUCAGAACGACGGCGAUUAUGUGACAUCGGCUCAUCGCCUUGUUCUAUCUGCUUAUAGCAGACAUUUAGAUGCAGCUCUAUCUAGUGUUCAAGAUUCUGCUGUUAUAACCCUAAACAUUGAUCCAAAAAUUACAGGUGUGGACAUGGAUGAUCUUCGAUUGCUGGUUAAAUAUAUGUAUACUGGACGUUGUAGCAAUCGAUCUCAAAGUAGGACACUUUCUGUUGCAAAUGCGCUUGGUUGUGACUCCCUAAUUAGACUGCUAGAAAGUAAAGAAGCUCAGAUUUAUCAGAAUGUAGAAUUAGAAAAUCCAGAUCAUGCACAGGAAUUGUUGCAAGCAGUCCAUCGUUUCAAAACUGAAGGAAAAUUCAUCGAUUGUUUCGUGAGUAGCCAGAAUAGAAUGAUUCUUCGAUGUCAUCGUUUGAUGCUUUGUGCAUUCAGUACUCAUUUCGAAAAUGCACUUGCAUGUACUGAGAAAAGUGCCAUUGUCACCGUUGAUAUUGAUCCCCAAAUUACGGGUGUAAGUAGUAUGGAUUUGAGAAAUAUAGUCGAUUUUUUGUAUAGUGGAUCAAUUCGCACCACAUCAAGGCGUCAUAAGAUAUUACGGCAAGCUGCUGUUACUUUAGGUGUGGCCAGAUUAGUUGAUGCUAUCGAUGAAGAAUUACUUGCUUCCGAAAUCGAUCAUUCAUACUGUCCUGAUAGUGGUGAUGAAAUUAUGCUAACAAACACAAUUUAUGGCCUUUUGGAUGAUAAUAGAAAUUUGAUUGGAAAUGGCGAACCUGAUAUUUCUGCUUUAGACGGUUCAAACUUCGGUGAUGAUAAUGAUUGUAAUGAUGAAACUAAUGCUGAAGAUCUUAUGGAAGAAGCUUCUAAUUAUAUAGACAAAGAUGAAAUACAAUUGGCAGAAGAUGACAUGAAGCAAAGCGGGAUGGCCGUUGCGAAGGCAACAAGUGAUUACAUGUGUAUUUAUGAAAAAUUUGUUGCUGGACCCAGUCGUGGUCGUAAGGGUGGUACAUAUGGACAUAAACGAUUGAUGUUGCAGCUGAAAAAAGACAUAAAGCUCUCGCAUGUGGAAGAAGCAUCAACCAGUUACGAUGCUGUACAGAAUAAUAAUUUUGAAACUGUCUCUGCAGUAACGGUAUCAUAUAUUCCGCCUUCCAAAAAACGUCAUUUGCUGGACAGUUUUGGUUAUGGUUUGCCUGAAAUUAUUGCACCCAAAGAUGUUACCGUACCCUUACUGGUCGGUGAUCAGGAGAUAAUGAUGGAAAAACCGUUUAAAUGCCCAUUCUGUGAUCAUCGAACAAAGGAAAAAAGUGCGGUUGAAAAACAUGUGAGAUGCAUGCAUACUUUGGAAACUCCUUACAAGUGUCAAUAUUGCAAUCAGGCUUUUAAAGUGCAGAGCAAUCUUGUCAGGCAUAUUCGAGCCCAUACAGGUGAAAAGCCAUACGCGUGUAAAAAGUGUGGGACGACAUAUGCAGAUAAGAAAAAUAUGGAUGCACAUAUAUUUAGAGAGCAUUUGAAAGUGAAACCGUUUGAAUGUCCCGAAGAGUUUUGUAGAGCUAAGUUCUGGCGAAAAGAUCGUUUUGUUGUGCACUGUCGUCGAACGCACAGUUUUGAACCGGUUAUUACUUUUGAAAAAUUGAACUGCAUGACGGAUAAGGAUGUCGACCAGUACAUCAGGCAAAAUAUUGUUUGGUCAAAGUUGCCUCAGGAAAUUCGAAUUGUUUUGGGCAACUCACAGAGAGAAUAUGAUAAGCUUGUACUGGAAUAUUCAAUCAAAAAUCAGUUAAGGUAUAAAGUGAAAUAUGUGAAGAAAAAUGAGGAAACCUAUUAUGAUAUUCUUCUAAAAUACAGUGAAACUCAUCUUAUGCUUUAUCCGUACCAUCUCUCAAAUAUCGUUGUACGCGAACUUCGAAUGACGCCAUUUAGUUAUUACAUCAACGUCAUAGUGAAUCUUAUGAAUGCCGAAAAGAGUUAUGAUUCAUUACCGAAUUUUACGGCCGCAGAUGCGAUGAGAUUAUUGGGGAUUGGUAGAAAUCAGUACAUUGAGUUAAUGAAUCAGAACCGUUGUAACCGAAAAAUAUUUCGAAAGAGUAAAUCACUGCGUGAACUAUUACCAGAAAAACCUGUUGCUAUCAACAUUGAACCUUGGUGGUUGGUCGCACCCGGCAGUAUCUUGGAAAGUGAUGUUAAGUUACUGAACAAAGAUGAGAAAGAUUUGUUAGAUAUGCUUAUCGAUGAAGGUGCUCAAUUAGUUGGUACUCUUGAUGCGAAGUUGGUGCAAAAACUUUAUAAUCGUGGUUUAGCUUACUUGGAGGUACCAGUUAAGGACGACGAUUAUAUUUAUGUGCCAACUUUGGAUGGUUUUGUUAUGAACCGAGUUCUGGGCGAUUAUUUUGAAAAUUUGCUGUAUCAAAUAUUUGUAGCCAUAGACGAGCAAACAACUGUACGGGAGCUAUCCGAAACUCUAAAUAUUGAUUUGCAAUUAGUAAAAAACGCUGUCUCUGUCUUUUGCCGACUUGGCUUUGCGAAGAAGCGUAUCACUGGACUAGAAAAUCUUGCGUUGCAUGUAACAUGGGCAAGUCAUAUGAUCAUUCCAGAGAUAGACGAUGAUUCGACUGCAGCAAUCACAGAGGAUCUAUCAGAUUUUUCUACUGCAUUGGUUUCUCCGGGUGGUGCAGAUGAAGAUGACGAAAAUGAAUCCACUACAGAUGGAUUAGCGGUGAAUCAUGAUGUGCUUGUAGCGUCGUUCACGUCGUUAUCGUUAACAACUCCCACUCCUUGUGGCGGGAACGAAGCUAUUAAACGAAUUGCAUUUCUCCUCGAUUCAUCGUUGACUGCUUUUCUUAUGAUGGGGAACUUAUCAAUCAGUCUAAAAAAUCAUGCGGUAACCUUAUUUGAAGUGGGAAAAUUGAGCGACGAGUCACUAGAUAGUUUCGUGGAAGAACUGCAGAAUGUGAAAUUGUUUGUGGAAGGUGAAGCACAAAGAUAUUCCGAACAUGCUCAAACAUUGUUAUUAACAAUUCUUGCACUUCGAAGUAGUUCUGAAUUGGAUUUAAUUAGAGGUGAAAGUUUGUUAUCGUUGGAUCAUGCCACACGUCUACGUCUCAUCAACAAAACAUACAGAUGUUUGGUUUCAAUGGCUCCGUUAAAUGGAGAAGCAUGUCCAUUAUCAGUGCCAUCUAUUCCUCAUUUUGGGACCGUUAUUCCAGAAGUGGUUUCGUCAUGGUUUCGGUUGUUUUUGUAUUGUACUUUGGGUGAUGGACCAGUUUCGCUGUAUAUCCCCAAAGGCUCACGUGUCCCAGUCAUUCCUUGUGCUCUACGACAAUGCAAACAUUUACUGAUCACUACUGCUUCACAUGAACCUGUUAUUAUUCCAGCAGAUAACUGUUUAAUUCAGUUGAAUGACAUGCUUCAAACGCAUGCAGUGUUUGUGCAAGAAUACAGUGCUGUAAUUGAUGACUCAGAGAUUGUAAGUGUCCCAUUCCCAUUUAUUGAUUCCAGUUUAACAGAUGGUCAUUUUUCAUUACAUCCUUCGGUGCUGAAACUUCGAGAAAAAUUGGGGCUAAAUUCGCUGUGUGGUUAUUUGACACUGCUGUGUAAAAAGAAAACUAUUGAGUGGGAAGUACAGUCGAAGAAUAAGAAAGGUGGUACUACAACGGUCAGCAAAGAUCCAAGGAAAAUUGCGAGUCUACGAGUUCAUUUGCGAGACGAUGAAACAUAUGCUGAUUACACAUUGCUUGACUGUGUUUUUGGCGUGCCAUUAUUCGAUGAACAUUUAAACAGGGUCAUUUGUCAAAGAAUUAAGGACUGCGAGCUUCUUGAUCCAAAAAAUUCAAACAUGGUGGAAUUUGCGAACCGCGAUCUUGUACAAUCGUUACGAGAACUGAUUAAUAAAUAUCAAACGUGGGGAGAAUCUACAUCUGUUUGGGAAAUCUCACGUUGGUCUCCACCAGCUCAAACACUUCUUUUCCAAAAUGGAGAGAUAAGUAUAGUGGAUAAUCUGCGAGUUUGGUAA